CCCGAGGUCGCCCGGCGGAGCUCGGCCGGGCGGCGGAGGCCGAGGCGCGGCGGGGAGGAGCCGCCGCCGCCGCUCGCUGCUUCCCCGGGAGGUAGGAGACAGCCCCGUUCGGCCGCCCCGUCACCCCGGGGGGCCGGCGCCGGCCGCCCCGCGCCUCGGCCAGGCCCCGCGGCCGGCCCCUCGGCGGGCCCCGACCCUCCGGAAAGUUUUCCUCGACCUGGCCGUCGCCGACCGCGGCGGGAGCGGCCGUGCCUCCCCGCAGCGCCGGGCUGGCCCCGGGGGCUGGUCCCGCGGCUGUUUGUCCCGGAGCCGCAGCUGUCCCGGGGCACGCACGUACCCGCGAGUACCGGGCGUCCGAGAAGGAUUUUAAAAGUUAUUUCAGGAAUACGGAACACUUUAUAUUCAGGAAUACAAGAAAAACAGCAAAGUGGAGUCAAGUACAUGCAGCAGCUUCAUGGGCUUGAAGGAUCAUCUGGGGCAUGACUUAGGCCACCUUUAUGUGGGGAGCACUGGCACACAAAUAAAUGCAAUUGUACCUUGGUCAGUGGCGGAGAAGCCAACGAUGGAUAAGGUUAAUUCUAGGAAAGAAGAUGUAGACAAAGAGACAUCUGAAGAGACUUCUGGAAGCUCCAGCUGUGACUCUGAAGAAAGCACAAAUUCUGAUAAUGAUUCAGAGAGACUGAAUAAUUCUGUAUCAGAAUCACAUUUAUUGCCUAAGACUCACCGACAGCUGUGCCGAUCUCCCUGCUUAGAGCCUCAUAUACUAAAAAGAAAUGAAAUCUUGAAAGAUUUUAGGAUAGAAGAGGCUCAGAUAGUACCUAAGGAAGUGAAAAAGGCCCCUGAUGUGGUGAAAGAAUAUCAAACCAAACUGGAGUUUGCACUUAAGUUGGGUUACUCUGAAGAGCAGGUUCAACUUGUACUGAAUAAACUUGGUACUGAUGCUUUAAUAAAUGAUAUUUUGGGAGAACUUGUCAAACUGGGGAAUAAAACUGAGACUGAUCAGACUGUAACUAAUGCUAACACUAGUGUAAUGCGUGAAGCAUCUUCCAUAGAGUCUCAGAGGUCAGAGUCUCCACUGCAGGAGGAUGUGACAGAGGAUGGUGACAACCUGAGGCCAAUAGUUAUUGAUGGCAGCAAUGUUGCAAUGAGCCAUGGGAACAAAGAAGUGUUUUCUUGUCGAGGAAUCAAACUGGCGGUAGACUGGUUUUUGGAAAGAGGCCACAAGGAUGUUACUGUGUUUGUGCCAGCAUGGAGGAAAGAACAGUCGAGACCUGAUGCUCUUAUCACAGAUCAAGAAAUCUUGCGUAAAUUAGAAAAGGAGAAGAUUCUUGUGUUCACACCGUCCCGCCGAGUGCAAGGGAGAAGGGUGGUAUGCUACGAUGACCGAUUUAUAGUGAAGUUGGCCUUUGAGUCAGAUGGCAUCAUUGUUUCUAAUGAUAACUACAGGGAUCUAGCUAAUGAAAAGCCUGAAUGGAAGAAGUUCAUAGAUGAACGCUUGCUGAUGUAUUCAUUUGUUAAUGACAAAUUUAUGCCUCCUGAUGAUCCUCUUGGUCGCCAUGGUCCAAGUCUGGACAAUUUUCUUAGGAAGAAGCCUAUUGUGCCAGAACAUAAGAAGCAACCCUGUCCAUACGGGAAGAAAUGUACCUAUGGACACAAAUGCAAAUACUAUCAUCCAGAAAGAGGAAAUCAGCCUCAGCGAUCUGUAGCUGAUGAACUUCGUGCCAUGUCUAGAAGCACAGCUGCCAAAACUACAAGUGAAGGAGGACUGGUAAAAAGCAAUAGCGUUCCCUGUAGCACUAAAAAUGAUGGCACUUCUGAGCUGAAGCGUGCUGCUCCGAAGAGGCAGUCGGAUCCUAGUAUAAGGACUCAAGCCUAUCAAGACUUGGAGGAAAAGCUUCCCACCAAAAACAAAUUGGAAACCAGGUCUGUACCUUCUUUAGUUAGUAUACCCAGUUCCGCUGCUGCAAAACCCCAAAGUACUGCACCUUUAACUAACGGCCUUCCAUCUGGAGUUCACUUCCCACCUCAGGAUCAGAGACCACAGGGACAGUAUCCUACAGUGAUGAUGGCAACCAAAAAUCACGGAACGCCAAUGCCUUAUGACCAGUAUCCAAAAUGUGAGUCUCCUGUGGAUGUAGGGUAUUACUCUAUGCUGAGUGCAUAUUCAAAUCUGAGUAUAUCUGGUCCACGUAGUCCUGAAAGGCGCUUCUCCUUGGACACAGAUUACAGGAUUAGCUCUGUAGCUUCUGACUGCAGCAGCGAAGGGAGCAUUAGCUGUGGCAGUAGUGAUUCCUACGUGGGUUACAGCGAUCGGUCUUACAUGAGUUCACCUGACCCACAGCUAGAGGAGAACAUGAAGUGCCAACAUAUGCACCCCCAUGGCCGCCUUAACACUCAGCCCUUCCUACAGAGCUACCACGAGCCUCUCACACGAGUGCAGAGCUAUAGUCACGAAGAACCAAAGCAUCACCACAAACCUCCAGUUCCCUACAUGGCUGUGCAUCUACAGCAUCCCACAGUCGGUGCUCGUUCUAGUUGUCCAAAUGACUACUCUGCAUCUCAGAGUUCGUCACAUUCAAAGACCAUGCAUCUGGGGAGAGCCCUCGUGUCCACGAGAAUAGACAGCGUUUCAGACUCGCGUUUAUAUGAUAACUCUCCGUUAAGACACAGAAAGCCUUAUUCUGGUCAAGAUGGGCUUGGAAGCUGGGAUAGGCAGAGUUACGGGCUGGACGCCUAUGGCUACCGCCAGACCUACUCCUUGCCAAGUAACCCCACACAGCCGUGUUACGAGCACUUUGCCUUCCAAAGCUUACCUGAGCAGCAGGACCAGACCUGGCGAGUACCUUACUGUGGAAUCCCUCAAGACCCUCCAAGGCACCAAGACACCCGGGAGAAGGUUUACAUUAACCUCUGCAACAUCUUCCCUGCUGAUCUUGUGAGAAUGGUUAUGAAGAAGCACCCUCACGUGACAGAUGCUCAGCAGCUCGCUGCAGCCAUCUUAGUGGAAAAAUCUCAGCUAGGUUAUUGAGAGAUGAUGCAUCUUUGUGGUGUCUAGUAGUUUUCAGCUCAGCUCUAAUGCUGAGGGAGGUUUGCUACAAUAGCAUUUGGGAUCUCCUUCUCAGCAAGGAGGUUAUAUAGUAAUCCGUUUAUGUGAAAUACUGUAUCAUGGAGUCUGUAUGUAUAGCCCCAUGCAUCAGAAGUACCAGAUAUGUUUUGUGUUCUAGUUUGAAAAUUUUUAAAUGGCUAUUUUCACAGCUGGAGAAUGUUCCAGUUUAAAUUAAUAUAUAUAUAUAUUAAAAAAAAAAAAAAAAUCUGUGGUCUCUGGUUAUAAUCUUUGGUGCAUCAGGGGUUUAUAUGCAGCACUUUCUAUCCUUGUCACCUGUUGAUGGGAUUUUUGUUUUCAUUUUUUUAACUUGUUGGAUGUUUGUCCUUGGGCUGCAUGGUAUUAAAACCACCUGCAGAAAGAGGAUUUUGCUACAUCUGGCAGACAAUUUUCAAGCCAAGUUUUUGAACUUUUUACAACACCAUAUGUUUGUUUGUUUGUUGUUUUGUGAGCUCUCUUUGUGCUAUAAUCAUCUAUUUAUAGGAAACAAAGAUUUACUACAGCACUGACUUAAUUUUUUUAAACAAAAAAUUGUUACCAGUUAAUAGUGAAAUGGGUAACGAUAUAUUGGUAAUUUAUAGUGUGGCACUUUUCAUUGCUUUCUUUGUUUUGUUUAACUAGUUACAUGUUUUGUUGAUGCAGUCAAUUAGUAAGAUCAGAUGCAAUCAGAGGAGGAGAAAAAAGUCUUUUUUAUUUUAUGGAUAAGGUAAAAGCCUUAUUGCCUGAUUUUCAAAGGUGAUGAGAAUUUGCAGCCCCCUUUGAACCUAACAGAAGCUGCGAAUGCUCAGAACCUCCCCAAACCAGGCCACCCUGUUUCGGUUCCUGUCUGUUGUUACCCAGCUCUGUGUAUUUCUGGUCAGUAGAAAGGGGUUCAAAAUCAUAGGGUCCCAUUUCGUUGUUUUAUGUGUCUUUUCUUUGUAUUGCUGCACAAGUGUACUGGAUAAAAUAUGCUUUUCAUAAAAUAUUAACCUGUUUUUAAAUGAACUUAAUUAUCUCAAUGCAAGUUUUGUAUUUAAGAUACUGUUUGAUUUUACUUGCUAUUUAUCAAGGCUGGCCUGAAAAGGUUUUGUGUGUUGAGGAUAUGCAACGUUUAUUAACUGCACUAUGGUAAUGAUAUUGUAGCUCAAAAUAGUAACUUAAACUUUGUUUUUUCCUUUCUGUUUCGGUUGGGGAGGGGAGGGUUGCGGGGAGAGAAGAUAACGUAUGUGUUCCUGAAGUUAGUUCUUGGCCUGUUGCAUCGUGUAGGCCUGACUCUUGCCACAAAUAGCGUAGUCUUAGAGACAGACAAACCAAGUCUGUUUUAGUAUUAGUAAGGGAUAUUUCUGGUUUUAAGUCAUGGGUUUUACUAGCACCUCGUAAGCUUUUAUUUUAUAUAUAUAUAUAUAUAUAUAUAUAUAUAAAAUAGAAAUAGAUUUUGCAGUUGAUGUCAGAUGUACUCACGUGACUGACGUCCAACAGUUUUAGGUUUCGAUCCAUUGUAACAAUGUUCAGUGUUAAAAAAAAAAAAAAAAAAUCAGUAGUUUACACCAUUACUGCUGAUAAUUUUGGUAUGCUUGCUGAAAUUUAAAGUAAGGCCCUGAAACACCAGAAAGUACCUUUUACUGUUGAUACAAAUUGUAUCUUUUUAACUGAAAACUAUUUUGAUUUGUAGAUUUAGUAGAGACACAAAUGUGUAACUAUAACUAGUCUUUUGGGCAACAUUUUAUCCCUAAUUUGAAAAUUAGAGAUUUCAGACAUAGAAUAGACUUAGGCAAGUAAAAGUAGCUAGUUAUCUAGGUGUCUGUCUCAAUUUCACAUAUUAAAAAGAAAAAAUAAACUAUUGGCAUUUUCUUCCUUCUAAAACCUUUGUAGUGGGAACUCACUAAAAUAAAGAUAAAAUGCUGCCUGAAAAUGAUGUCCAAGCACCUUUGAAUACGAAGUCGUUUUCACUACUUGUGUGACACCGUGUGUUGCAGCAAGUAGGGUUUGGGUAUACAGUAAAUGCUUCUGAAGAGCAUUGUGCUUAUAGACAUAUCCAAUAAUCUGAACCAUGUUCAGCAAACCAAUUCAGGACGUAGUGCUCGUGCAGCUUCCACCGCUGAUGUGCCGCGGGAUCUGCCGCCGCCUGCCCCCGCGGCAAUUCCGGAGGGGCUCUACACCAUCUGUCCUGCGUUGUCAGUUUAGGGAAAGGACCUCUUCACCUCCGACAACAGUUUUUCCCUGGAUUUGGUCGGGCACCACCCGUAGAGCCUGUUUCAAUGGAGAUACCGAUGCAGUGCUGACGCUGAGGUUUGGACUUGGGAAAUGGGUCUCAUCUUAGUUGUACGCUAAGAUUUUUUUACAUUGAAUUACACUUAAGUACUACACCAUAGUGUAGAUGCAGCUGUUUUAAUAAUGCAAUUGUUAUAUUUGUGUUUUUAAUGGGUUUCUACAUUUAUUUUUUAUGUAGGAAUUUACUUCUGCCUGAAAGUUGACUUCCUUUAAGCAUGAACAGAAACGUGUAUGUAAUAGAGGUGUUUUGUCUUUUUCCCUGUCGCGUGAGCAUCAGAAUGCUUCCUACCAUGUAACUGUAGCAGUCUGGCCUAGCAUAUUGGAUCAGCAGGCUUAGCCACGUUGUUAAAACAGUGCGAGGAGACGCGAGGGACUGUGUGCUGCAGUGCCCAGACCCGGGUUAUCAGUAUUGAUUGCGGCCGUGUACGUUUAACGCAGUAUUGAAUCCCUGAAAGUGUGUUGCUUGCUAGAGAAUUCUUGUAAUAGGUUCUGUGCUUUGUAUCCAAGCACUGAAAAUGCUUUAAAAGUAUAAGAGUAGGAGUAAUAUGGUGGUUUUUAAUGUUGUGCAAUGAUGUGCUAGUUCCCCUUAGACUCUCUGAUGUUGGGUAAAGCAAAUUUACUGUGGACAGAAUAUUGGCCUUGGUAUUUCCUUUGGUUUUGCUGUGGUACUAGAAUGAGGAGUUGCAUGUGAGCUCCUCCACAGUGAAGACAUCAGUCUGUACAUUUAACAGCCUUUAGAGAGGACACCAGUAAUAAACAUGAAUGCACUGAUACUGGUCAGUGUAGUUGCAUUGAUGCAAAUAGCUGAACUGUAACAUCCCACGUUACUUAAACAGUAACGGUAGUUCAGUGAUACUGUCUUUGCCCCAGCUGAGUGCUAGAAUUGCAGUGAAGGAUUAAGUACCUUCAAGUUAGGCCUGUCCUGCUGCUAAGAAGAGGGCAACACUUUCCCUUGUCUUCCGUACUUGAGAGUUGUUCUGAUACUUAGCAGAGACUCCAUAUUUUUAGAUACGAUCCCAGGCUAUUAUAACUACAGCAGUACUAGUAUAUAGAUACACAGUAUUCUGAAUGCACGUUUACAUUAGGCAUUCAACUGCCCACAACUGUUUUCUGUACAUCAAUGUGUUGCCAAUAUUUAGAGUUUUUAAAUACGUCCCAUGGUUACCUAAUUUGGAGCUAAAUACGCUCAGGCUAUGACAGUAUUAAUGGUUUUGUUGGUUUUGUUGUUGUUUAAAUAUGUGUGUGUGCACAUAUAUGUAUAUGUACACACAUAUACUUGGCAAGUGUGUUUAAGACUACUGCUAAUAGUCUGAGGUAAGGAUCGUAUCUUCUCAGUUGUCCUAUUUUCUUUGGUAUGUCUGAAUUGUAGCUUGAUCCUUCACUGCAGAAUAGCUCUGGGGAGAGCCAGAAGCCUGAUGUGUUCAUGUGAAACCACAGAAAGAAGGCGUGCCGGUCUGGUGAAGCCCUUUAAGGGACUUCUGCACCUUUGGAAUAUGUGGACUGUUGUUGAGCUGUUGGUGAUCAUCCGCUGUGCAAGUCAUAGCUAAUGGUGAAUGCUUUUCCAAAAACAUCAAAGCUACUGGAGUAAACCAGAUUACCUCACUUGGAACGGAAAGCUGGGGCCAUUUGCCCCAGCAAGGUGAGCGCCGGAGAACUAAAUGCCUUGGCUGAGGUGUACUGCAGCAUCUUUCCACAGUAAGAGACUACCAAAACAUUUAUCAGUUUUAUCAGUUGAUGGUUUGACCAAGGUGUUUUUGAUGUUUAAAGCUUGAAAAAUGAGACACAAUGCUUUCAUACUAUCUGGAGCAUUUAGAAAAAUACCCAACUGACUUUUCAUUGCUACUGAAAGUUUAAAAUACUGUGCAAUUAAAGAGACCAUUUUUUAAAAUAAAAAUAAUUUAGAAAUUAUUUAUUUUGAUUUACAGUGUGACUCUUGCUAAUUUAUUCUUUGCAUUAUAAGGCCAUGGUGGAGUGUCGUUUAUAUUUUUUAUUUAUCAUAGGAACUAAAACUGCUGAGAAGAAAAAACAAUAGAUUUAAACUUAAAACAAAACUCUAUGGACUUGUUUUGUUUUGUUUUUUAUAAAAGGGCUGAGGUUUUAUAAAUGUAAAAUCAUGUGUUUUAUAUACUUUGUAAAUUUUAGAGAAGUGUAGUUUACGAAUUUUGUUCAAAUUAAACAUGUAUGUGCACAUUGUUUAGACUAACCAUGUAACUAAUCCUGAAAUCAUCUGUGUUAAACGAUGGUUCCAACUAACCUUUUGCUAGGUAACAAGAGAGAUGUUCAGACUUCAUCUUCAGAUGUUCUAGAAUACAUUUCAUGUAUCUUAAGGUUCCAUCAGAAACUGGUGAUCUCCUUACCUAAUCACACGUGGAAUGACUGUUUGCACGUGAAUCAUGCUGGGUUUUCCUUGCAGUGCAUUGCGAGGCAAGACACUGGUACCUGUGAAGUAGGUAGCAGAUGUGGAUAAAGGCACUAUGAAAUGCAGUGUGUUGUUCAUAGUUACGAGCAUGCUUCAAAUAAUUUUCCAGCUUCCAUUUUCAGGUCUUAAAGAGUUGUCAUAACUUCUGCUUGUAGUGUUUGUUAAUCUAUCUACCCUGUAACCGAAACGAUUGCAAUAGUUCUCAUCCCUUCUCUUAGAUGUCAUGGCUGUUGGGGGGCCUGUGUCCUGAGCGCCUAGACGUGCGCCUGACCUCAGCACACGCACUCGCCGGGGCCACUUUGGGUGGCAUUAGAGAAGCCCUGACUAAAACUGGGGCGUGCGGAGGUGCGGGAGGGCUGGGGACGGGAGGAGCACAGCUGGGGAAGCGCCUGCUCCCCGAAGGAGGCGAGAUCUCACUGGUGCUGACAGGUCACUGGGCCAGGAUGGCACUUUGUGGGCGCUGGGAACACCUGCAAACCAAACCCGCUUGGAUGUUUAAGCACAUUCAGCCUUUGUGUUCCAAAGGUGUAACGAUCUCCUCUUCACCUUGUAAAACAAAAACUCUCCACUUUUUGUUAAACAGCUUUAUUUUUCUUUUGGUCUCAGAUGAAGUCUAAUUUACCGCAUUAGGCUGGCUGGUUGCUUACUUAUUUAUCUGAAUGACAUUCUUAAUAAAAUUGUUAUUUAAAAACUGUUUUACCAGCAUAUUAUAGGACAUCCUGCGAGGAAACAAAAAUGCAGAUACAGCAGCAAUAAUUGUUUUUUGUAGUUCUUUUCCCCCAAUUAUCUCUGUAUUUAUGUUGAGUAGGUGAGAUUUUAAUACUGUCCUGAAGUCCAUUCUGGCAAAAACAUUAGUUAAAAAUAAUGUUUGGACUACUUGGUGAAAGUAAUUGUCAAACUGGCUCUUUGUUCCUUCACUGGUUGCUCUGUAUUAUUUCUGUGAUGUGACUAUUCACAUCGUAAAACCACCUUCUGAACCAUACAAAAAACCAUGUACAUGGAUGGAUUCUGCUUUUAGAGAAAAAAAAAUAAAGAUUCAUUUUCCUCA